AUGGACGAAGCCAAGCUUGGACGGACAUGGGCUUUGUGGUCUCCACCAGGGAGGGAUGAAGUCCGCUCACCAUGUCCCGCCCUCAACACCUUGGCCAAUCACAGCAUCAUCCCUUUCGAUGGCCGCAGCAUCAGUAGGGAGGCUAUCAUCCAUGCCCUGACCCGCCCAGACACCUUCCACCUUUCGCCAAAGAUGGCAACCCUCUUCGCAGCAGGAGCCCUGAAAGCGAACCCAGCGCCCAAUGCAACCACAUUUGAUCUCGACAUGGUAGACAAACACGGCUUCAUCGAACACGAUGUCUCGCUCUCCAGAGACGAUAUCGCUCUUAGCAGUAACUCCACGUUCUCGCAUGACCGCUUUAGGGAGACGUAUGGCUUCUGGGCAGGUGGCAGAGGUGAGGAGGCUGUGGUGACAUACGAUGAGGCUAGCAAGGCCAGGUAUGCCCGUGUCAUCCAAUCGCAGAAACGCCAUGUGGAAGUGGGCAAGAAGGUGGUGUACGGAAUCAAAGAGGCGAUCUUGAGUUAUGGCGAGAGUGCACUCUUCUUCAACGUCUUGGGAAAGGACGGGAAGGUUCAAUUGUAG